UUUUUCUAUGUUCAGAAAUAUGAAAUUGUAAAACAUUUAAAAUUCGCUUAAAGAUACUUUACUACAAAUAAAAAGAGUGUGGUCUACCUCUGAUUAAACUUUAACUAUCGUUAGGGAAAUUCAAAUUUAAUUACGGUUAAUAGUGAAGUCGGCUUAAAAUCACAGCAAAAAUGCAUCAAAUUCGUUUGGACAAAAAAAUGGACAAGGUCGUUGAUGGCGCCAUAGAAGAAGAGAUCUUGCAUACUCGAGAGAUUAAAAAGCAUCACUCAAUUUUAAAAAUUGAAGCAAAUACCACCUCACCGGAAAAUUUGUAUGAUAACCUCUUUUGUUCAAGUUUGAACUUCUUGAAUUAUUCAGAAACCGAAAUUGAUACACAUAAUAAAGUUAAAAAACUUGAUCACUCGGUUUUAGCAAAUAAAAAUAGACCCAGGAUCUUAUCUCAAAUAAAACCGCCAUGUAAAAAAACAAGUAAAUUGGAAAAAUUCAAAGAAAUAUCUUUGGAUGAUAUGGGAUUUAAUUGUCAUGUAGUGAAAGAUUGGGAUCAUAUUAAACAACCUUUCAAAGAAAGUCUCUCUGUGCUUUUAAGAAGAAUGGUUCACAAAAAUGAAAUGGCUAACGUUGAAAUUCGCAUUGGUCCAAUGAAGUUCCGUUGUCAUCUUAUUGUAUUGCAGUGCUACUCGUCAUAUUUUAACAAAUGUAAAAAUGAGACGUGUAUAUAUCUUCCAGAAAAUUUCGUUUCUCCAGGUUCAUUUAUGAUGCUCUACAAUUGGAUGUUGAGUGAAAAUCCAUUAUUGGAACGAGAAGGAAUUUUGGAGUUGUUUAUUGCAGCCUCAUUUUUAGGUGUUACCUCUUUGAUCAACCACUGUUGGAUAUGUCUUGACGAUGACGAACGAUUCCGUGAAGAUUCAGCAUUCAUGUUAUAUUUGGAAGCACGUGAUUAUGGUUUAAGUGAUAUACAGGAAUUGAUGCUCCGACGUAUAUGUAAGUUUUUCCUUAUAUUGGUGGCAUCAAAGGAGUUUCUUCUACUGAAGCCUUACGAAAUCAAAAUAUUAUUACAGUCGAAUAAUAUUGGUGCAAACUCUGAAGUUGAGAUAUUUUUGUCGAUGGUACGUUGGCUGAAUCACGAUUGGGUUGAUAGGAAGAAACUGGCUGUUAGUGUAAUGAAACGUAUACGAUUUAGUUUAAUGCCACCAUGGUACCUGGUGACACUUAAUAAAAAAAAUGAUUGUCCUGAUACUGAUCGUGUAAUAGAUUUUCCCGAAGUUAAGAAAUUUAUCGGCGAUGCGAUUUCGUUCACUACCACUCAGAUGUAUUAUGGUAAUAAUAAGGAAGAUUUUAUGUUCUUCUUGGAAAAGUAUAAUUUGCAUACACCACCUCAACGUCAAUGGAUUAUUGAUUUAAAAUGUUUUUAUCAUCACCGUCUCGAUUGUUCUAAUAUGCAGUAUAUUACUUACCAGAGUUUUAAGGAGUAUCUGAAACAAAUUCAACGUGCCGGCGUCGAUUACUGGCGUACCUUCUUCUUGAUCCAAGAUACUGAUGAUUGUAUACAAUGCUGCACUUCUGUAGAUAACGACAAAAUUGCCACUAAAUUUAAUGCCGUAUGUGAAAUUUAAAUUUGAAUC